UCCGAGACCGAUAGCGGAAGUGUGUGUGUGUCGAGGAGGGUAACCCGUUCGUCAGCUUUGUCCGCGUGCGCCAUGGCCGGGCAUGCGCGGGUGGUCUUCUUGUUCGGUGGCUUCGCUGCUCUGCUGGGAGCUGCCUUUUACCCCAUCUACUUUCGGCCGCUGAUUUACACUGAGCAAUACAGGCAAGAACAAAAGGUGAACCGAACUGGAAUAAAGCAGGAGGAAAUUCAACCUGGAGGAAUGAAAGUCUGGUCUGAUCCCUUCAAUAGGAAGUAACCUCAGGAUUGACCCGUUUUAAGGAAGAACCCUUCAGAGAUUGACUAUUUUAUUCAAUUAUGUCACCGUGAUGUGGAGAAAGAAUUCUAAUACGCUGUGGUUCGUCCCUUCAUUUAAUUUAUUAACGACAUUUACACUGUUUGAAAUACGUUUUUGCAUUUAAAUUCCCAAAUUGUCAACAUUUUCCUGUAUAAUGUUGCCACAAUUAAAAUGGAUAUUUUUCUCAAACUGCAAUUUUGUGAUUCUAUUGAAAUUCAAGCUAUAUGGUCAACAUGUUUAUUAAGCAAAAUUUUAAAUCUACAAGGAAAACAACGUUGUCAGCUCAUAUCCCAAAUAACAUUAUAACUUUAACAUAAUGAAGCUGUAAGGAUUAAUAAAAUGUUCAACCUGUGGCUUCAGAUAUUCCAAUUAAAGUCACCAAAAAUGUGUCAAUCAGUUGUAAAAUUCUCAUCUCAAAAACUUGGAGAAACAGCAAUCCAUAAAGUUUCAUAAUUAUAUAGAUUUGCUUUAAAAACCUGUGGGGCAGCACGGUGGUACAGUGUUUAGCACUGCUGCCUCACAGCACCAGGAUCCCAGGUUCGAUUCCUGUGAUUGCCUGUGUGGAGUUUGCACAUUCUCCCUGUGUCUGCAUGGGUUUCCUCCGGGUACUGCGGUUUCCUCCCACAAUCCAAAGAUAUGCAUGGUAGGUGAAUUGGUCAUGCUAAAUUGCCCAUAUUCAGGGGUGAAUAUGGGGAAUGGGUCUGGGUGGGUUACUCUUCGGAGGGUCGGUUGGACUUGUUGGGCCGAAGGGCCUGUUUCCAUACUGUAGGGAAUCUAAUCUAAAUAACUAAAAUAGCCUGAAGUAAAUUUUGUGGAUAUUCAUUUUAAAUAAGAAAAUAUGUUACAGAGUAAAGUUUUGCAAUGCAGCAGAACAUAGUUCUGUAUAAUCACAAAGUUUCCAUAUCUUCUGGAUUUUCUAGUAUGUCACAGGUGAAAAAAUGUCAAGUGAAAAGCUGCUGAAUUCACAAGGUUGUGUGCUGUCCUUUCAAAUUUAUCUGGAAUAUGUAUAUUCUACUUGUAUACACUUCUUAAAAUGUGUGUUUUGCCUAAUGAAUGAGUGUUAUGAAGUGUUUCAUUGAAUAAAAAAAACUGUAAUCAUG